AAGUUUCACAGACGAGGAAGCGCGGUGUUGAGGUGCUCAUUCGCUGCUCUUAACCCCAGUUCCCCAUGGACUGGACACACCAACAGCUGGCCUGACGUAAAUGGAUGCUAUUCACAUGCUCCCAUCCAGGGGUUCAAACAAGCAUUAAGUUGGAAUAGUUUCCUUUCUGAUGGUGAAUGGUGAUGUUAUCCAACUGAGGAUUUUAGUUCGGCAUGAACUAAAAAGGAUGGUAUUUCUUGAUAUUUUAGACUAACUUUAGACACGUUUUUUUGGAAGCCAAUAGUUACUUUCUCUUGUUUAUUUGCAAGGUAGUCAAUGGUGACAGCGCGAAGUUGCGUUCGGGUCAUCACGUGCUGCUCAAAUAUAAGCCAUAUUUUGCCAGAUCCGCAGCUCUUUUGCGCAAUGGGAGAUAAAUGCGGUCUGGAUUUUAAGGACAUCGAGACAAAGCUUGGACGAAAAAUUCCUGAGAGCCUCGCACGGUCAAUCACAGAGGGGAGGCUGGAAGGCACAAUGGACGAAAAGCCGGUGACGCCGUCUGUCCCUUUUAACCAGGAAUCCACAAACGCUUCGGUGCGUCUGCAGAGGAAGAUGACGUUUCUGAAGCAAGAAAUGGCCCGCCUCCGAGCUAUGGACAUCGAGCUGAUGCAGCAGCUGCUGACCAUCAACGACGGGAUCGAGUCCAUCAAGUGGGUGAUGGAGGAGCGGGGGGGCCUGGCGGGCAGCCGGGACGGCAGCCUGGCGGGGAGUCUGUACAGCCUGUCGGAGAGCCAGGAGGCCUCGCUGGGGGGCAGCUGCGACAGCCUGCAGCAGGACAGCGACGGGCUAGACGCCGUCUCCGUGGGCAGCUACCUGGACACGCUGGCGGAGGACCUCCCGCCUGCGGAGCUGGACGGCUUCUCGGACCCGCCCGUCGUCCGGGUCGUCCCGGACAAGACCCUCCUGCGCAAGGACAGGGAGGCGAACUCGGACGAGUACUACUGCUUCGGGUGACCCGGGCUCCGGGGCGUUUCGAGAACUGUCGGGGUGUCCCGCAUCGUUGGGUCGCUCCUCUGAUGCUUUUAGGCUUGUGGGGGGCGGUUGGGUCACAGCCUGGGUUUUUAAGGAGGUCAGAGGUCACAGGUUCUGAGCACAUUAUAGGUCCUCCAUAAUAGUGGCGCACGGAUUCAAACUGAGAACGGCGUUUCUCUCUGCUCUAAAAGUAAGCUCCUACAGUUAAAAACGCGGUGAUUUUUAUUCACCACCACUACCUGCCGGAUAAUGAGCCGGGAUAUCGGAUUCAAAGCAAAGCUGCGUUUUAGUAAGGAAUUAUAAGUGUUUCAUGGGGCCUCUGAGGUUUGAACUGCCCUUCACAAUGGACCUAUGAAACGCUUAGAGCAUUCCUAGUGUUGUGUGCUUUAUUCCAAACUCCUGUGCAUGAUUGUAUUCACCCCGUGCAAAGCAUUCUGGGAGCUACUUAAGAGCCUCUCUGAAAUAAGUAAUUAGCAAUAAGGGCUUAAGUGAUUAUUUUGGCAUGAACAACCUGCUGUGUGAUGGUUUUUUUUUUUCAUUUUUUUUUUGAAGGUACCUCUUUGGUGUAUUGAAUGUAGGGACAGCUUGUCUUAAAGUACAUGUAGGAGUAUAAAUGAUUUCUAGUACAGUUUACAGCAAGGUAUAUGCCAAAUAAUGCAGGAGACUUCCAUUUUAUACCGAUAAGUUCAUCUGAAAUAUUCUUUACCACUGGGGGAAAAAAUCUGUUUAAACCUGCCUGGACUUGAAUCCCUAAAUACGUUUUAUUUUUUUUCACUUGGAGAAAGUUAGCUUUGUUAGAUUUAAAUAAGAUGAAUUCCUCAUACCAAGUAUUUUUCAGAGACAUUGUAUAGUACAAUAUUGUAAAUAUUACAAAAACUUGAAUAAUUUAUUUACUGUACCAUCAGUCCUGAGGAACUUAUGUUUUAUUGUAGUGCAUUUCCAGUAAGAUUUUGACCAAGGUAAAUUAGGAUUUUUAUUUUUGCUUUAGCAUUGACUGACUGAUUUGAAAUAAGUGGUCUGAGAGCACAUUGUAACUAUAUGUAUGAGAUAACUAUAUUAGUAACUGUACUCUCGUUUGUCAGUGGAACAUUUUACCUGUUUGAAAGUUUUUAUGUGAUAUUGUCCAACUUGUCCCAUUUGCCGUUGGUGUUCUGUAAUUGGUUUGCAUUGUCAAAAUUAAACUCUGGAAAGCA